CAUUUGGAGCCACAGAGCGCUUUAGGAGAAGCAGCAUCACUGGCUGGAGACUGAAUUAUAGAUACAAUUUAAAGAAGAAUAGAUCCAGCUGCAGAUUGAUAUUCAAUAUUGCAAGAGCAGAGAAAAGAAAAGAAGAAAGACCAACUGGACUCCACAAAGAAAAAGCUAUGCGGCCGCGCUCCAGACUGCUGUCCAAGAGAAGACUCCUGCUACCCACAAUCAGAGAGGGCUCUGAGGAGAUGGUGAGGGAUUUGAAUGAAGCCAACACACUCCACAUCUCUGCCCACGGUGGCCAGGCUGUCUCCUCUGAGGACUACCUCCUCUCCAUCUGCCACCUGGCCCACCCCACCUUCCCCAACAGGGAAGUCUCCUCCGACAACAUCCACCGGAGGCUGCGGUUCUCACGGCUCAGUGUUACCACAUCAUCCACUUUUGAAUUUGCCCCAACAGAAGAGGCCAUCGAUAUGCAGCAGGGAGAGGAGAAAGAACUCAAUGAUGAGCUGAUGUUUGGCAACUCCGACCCCCUGGAGUGUCUUUAUGGACACCAGAGCAGCCUGUCAGGGGGUGUGAGAAGGGCAUUUGGGGAAGGAAGGUUUAUAAGGAACCAUAGGAGCUUAUGGGAGGGCCAGACUCGCUCCAGAGCGUACAGCAUCCCCCCUGACUCAAGUCCAGACCUCCUACACCAGCGGAAGAGCAGCUGCCCAGAGCUACACACCAGCACUACACCCUCUAUCCCCACAGAGCACAGCUUCCCCCAGGCGGAGGCCAGGAGGGAGGUCCCAGCUGAAGGAGGAGCAGAGGGGGAGAGACAGAAUCCAAGCCGCAAACAAUCACUCAUCUCCCAGUGGAUCUCUGACUGCAGGUCGGCGUGGAGGGAGGCACGUGUGAGAGCAUGCAUGCUUCCCGCCAUCGCUGAGAUAUAGGGUGCAGAUGGACAGACAUUGAGACUGAAGACAUUCCUCAAAAAAAUAUACUAAUCUUUUUCUGUCAGUGUAUGAGACACUGACUUUAGGAGAUGUGUAGAUGUGUAUUAUGCAUAUAAAUACAAGGGAUAUAAUUAAGAAUCCAUUCUAAAGGCAA